GUAAAUAAGGCGUUCGAGUGGCGCUGAAGAACACGAUGCCAUUGCCAUUGACAUUGCCGCGCGUCUCAAGUCUCCGCCUCCUCUUCCUCCCUUCAAAAUUCCCAUUUUUCCCGCACCCUCCUCUCUCCUUUCCCAAGUCGCCUUCUCUUUUCACCGUUCUCGCCUCCUCCCCGCCAAAACGCCGCCGUAGCAGCGGCAGCGCCCCCCCUCCUCUCAGUUUCAAGCGGAGAAACAAUUCUACUUUAAGAGAGACCCAGAAACCGGUGGCUAUGGAGGAGAUCGAGGCCGUGGCUGCUGGGUUUAACAAGCGAAGGGCUGAGGGCAAAGAUAAAACUGAUUUGCCCAAGAAGAACCUCCAGCUCAAAGUCAGGAGGCUGAAUCCUGCCAAUACGAUUUCAUAUUUGCAGAUAUUGGGCACUGGAAUGGACACUCAAGAUACGUCGCCUUCGGUCUUGCUUUUCUUUGACAAGCAGAGAUUUAUUUUUAAUGCUGGAGAGGGAUUGCAGAGAUUCUGCACGGAACAUAAGAUUAAGUUAUCAAAGAUAGAUCACAUAUUUCUUUCCCGCGUCUGUUCAGAGACUGCUGGUGGACUUCCUGGGUUGCUGCUGACUUUGGCUGGCAUUGGAGAAGUAGGGAUAUCUGUCAAUGUUUGGGGUCCUUCUGAUUUGAAGUACUUAGUUGAUGCUAUGAAGUCUUUCAUACCAAAUGCUGCCAUGGUUCACACACGGAGCUUUGGACCGGCACUUGGUUCUGACGUGGAUGCUGUCAAUGAGUUUAGUAAGUUUUAUGAUCCCAUUGUCCUUGUUGAUGAUGAGGUAGUCAAGAUAUCAGCCAUUUUAGUACGACCAAGUUUAAAUAGAGGGUUCCAGCCUUUCGCCGARAAUAACAUGGGCCAAUCGAUAAGGAGUCUUGAAGAGAGAACAAACCAUGGUUCUGAAGCUAUAAGUCCAACAACCAAAACUUUAUCUACAGUAAAGCCAGGUGACAUGUCUGUAGUAUAUGUAUGCGAACUUCCUGAGAUAAAGGGGAAGUUUGAUCCAUCCAAAGCAGCUGCUUUUGGUCUCAAACCCGGGCCAAAAUAUCGUGAGUUACAACUUGGAAAUUCAGUGAUGUCAGAUCGCCAAAAUAUCAUGGUUCAUCCAAGUGAUGUCCUUGGCCCCUCAGUUCCUGGUCCAGUUGUGUUACUUGUUGAUUGCCCGACAGAAUCUCAUUUGUCAGAAUUAAUGUCUUUACAAUCUCUGAGAGCUUAUUAUGAAGACUUCACAAGCGACGAGACCGAAACCAGUAUGGUGGUGACAUGUGUUAUUCAUCUAAGUCCUGCUUCCAUCCUUGGAGAUCCUAAUUACCAGAAAUGGAUGAAGAGAUUUGGGUCAGCCCAACAUAUCAUGGCGGGCCAUGAGAGGAAGAAUGUUGCAAUUCCAAUUCUUAAAUCCAGUGCCAGAAUUGCUGCAAGGCUUAAUCACUUGUGUCCUCAAUUAUUUCCAGCCCCUGGCUUUUGGUCCCAUCAGCAGCUCACUUUCCCAGGAUCAGAUUCUUAUGCUUCAACUGAGCUCCAAGUUUCAAAUCAUUGCAAAAGCACAUUAGCUGAAAAUCUUCUAAAGUUUACUUUGCGUCCUUAUGCACAUCUUGGACUGGAUCGAACUAGCAUUCCAAGUCAGGUAUCUUUGUCAGAAAUUAUCAAUGAGCUGCACUCUGAGAUACCGGAAAUUUUGGAUGCUGUUCAGCACGUUGGUCAGCUUUGGCAUGGUUCUGGUGGAAAUGAUGAGAAAACUCCUGUUGAAGAUACUAAUGCCAUUGUUGAAGAGCCAUGGUUCGAUGAGAAUAAUGUUCCAAGUUGUCUGGAAAAUAUCAGGAGAGAUGACUUGGAAAUUGUUCUUCUCGGUACGGGGUCGUCCCAGCCAUCCAAGUACAGAAAUGUCAGUUCUAUUUACAUUAAUCUUUUCUCAAAAGGAAGUAUGCUCUUAGAUUGUGGCGAAGGAACCUUGGGUCAGCUUAAAAGAAGAUAUGGAGUCGAGGGUGCUGAUGCAGCUGUGAGGAGCCUAAGAUGUAUUUGGAUUUCUCACAUCCAUGCAGAUCAUCACACAGGUCUAGCCAGAAUACUAGCUUUACGGCGUGACCUGUUACGGGAAGUUCCACAUGAACCUGUACUAGUAAUCGGGCCGAGGCAGCUUAAGAGAUAUUUGGAUGCAUACCAAAGAUUAGAAGAUUUAGAUAUGCAGUUCCUUGAUUGUAAGCACACAACACAAGCUUCAUUGAACGCUUUUCAGGAUGUUACUGCAAAUAAGGAUAACUUUCCUUUGCAAAGUCCAGUCGGUUCCACGGAUGGAAACAACUCGCAGACGGAUGGAGGAAUAGGACAGAAAAUCGCCUCUAGUUUAUUCGUGAAAGGGUCUCGUAUGCAGAGCUAUUGGAAGGGUCCUAGUAGUCCAGUUGAUUUAAGUGCAGCCAUGCCACUUCUAAAAUGCUUGAAUGAAGUUUUGAGUGAAGCUGGUUUGGAAGCUUUAAUAAGCUUCCCAGUUGUGCAUUGUCCACAGGCUUAUGGGGUAGUCUUAAAGGCUGCAGAAAGGGUUAAUUUAGAUGGAAAAGUGAUACCUGGAUGGAAGAUUGUUUACUCAGGCGACACUCGGCCCUGUCCUGAACUGAUGGAAGCAUCUCGUGGUGCAACGCUUCUUAUACAUGAGGCAACUUUUGAGGAUAGCUUGGUGGAUGAGGCGAUAGCAAAAAACCACAGCACAACCACAGAAGCUAUAGACAUAGGGAACUCGGCUGGAGCGUAUCGAAUCAUCCUUACGCACUUCAGCCAAAGAUACCCGAAAAUUCCUGUGGUCGAGGAGAGGCACAUGCACAAGACUUGCAUUGCAUUUGACUUGAUGAGUGUUAAUGUGGCAGAUUUGUUAGUACUUCCUAAGGUUCUUCCAUACUUGAAACUCCUUUUCAGAAAUGAGAUGAUAGCAGACGAGUCAGAUGAUGUUGUUACUGUUGAGUCUUAGACAGUCGAGAGGAAAUGUUUUGUUUCUAAUGUAGCAGAGGCCUAAUUCAUUCUUUUGAUGAUCAAUAUUUACUUGUAAUUUAAGUGACUGUUAGCCAAAUACAACCACUGGCAUAUCAUA